AUGGCGGCCAACCCCUUCUCGGCGUCCAAGGCGGCGCAGCAUGCCGACCUCUCGUCGCUCAUUGAGCACGAUGAUGGUACACAGGCGCAACGCAUGCCGUCCGAGGACACGAUCGCAGCCCUCCUCCACGCCCGCGCUCGCGCCGAGCUCCCAUUCACCCGUGUGUCGCCGAGCGGUACCGACUAUGUUGUCGUCAACCCGCUGCGUGUGCUGUCGGGCUUGAAUGAGGAACACCGCCGAGCAUACCAAGCAGACAUUGAACGCCCAGACGGCGGCCUGGGCAACGAGCGACAGCCCAGCGCGUACGAGCUGGCAGGCCGAGUAUGGCUCCUUAUGGCCCGACAGCAGGAGGACCAGACCCUGCUCUACAAUGGCCUGACGGGCUCAGGCAAGAGUGCAACAAUGCGGCACACGACGUCGCAGAUCAUCCAUCUCGCCUCGACGACCAAGGCGCAGCGUCGCCUCGGCGACCAGGUCACGCAGCUCCUCACGGUCCUUGAGGCGUUUGGACACUCGAAGACGGCGCUCAACCCCUCGGCAUCACAGGUCGGCAAGUACCUCGAGCUCCACUUUAGCCCGGACGGCGCGUUGACAGGCGCACAGGCGCUUGUCAUGGGCCUGAACAAGUCGCGCAUCGGCCCGCUGAUGCACGAAGAGCGCACCUUCCACGUCUUUUACCAGCUUCUCGCCGGCGCCACUCCUCAGGAGCGCGAGGAGCUCGGCAUUGACGACCCGGACAUGUACGCCCUCCUCGCGUCGAGCGGGUGCUACAAUCUCCCGAACGGCCCGUUCUCUGACGACGCUACGCAGCUCGGAGAGCUGCGCGCUGCCUUUGCGUCACUAGGGUUGAAGCCCAAGCACGUCAAGUCGAUCUUCUCCGUGCUCGUGGCUAUUCUCCUGCUGUCCAACCUCACAUUCACCGACACCCGCCAGGCUGGUUCGCUGGGCAUGACGUCGUUCGAGGAGCGCACCCAGGUUGUCGAGUUCGACCUCCUCAAUCAAGUGUCCAUCCACCUCGGUGUUAACCCCGAAGAGCUCGCCGAGGUCCUCACCAAUCGGACAAAGUGGGUGUCGCACGACCUCGCGUCCGUCUUCCUCGAUGCCGAGGGCGCUGCGGACCAGCGUGACUCGCUUAUGCGCGACCUGUACGCCAUCUUAUUCGCAUUCGUGCUCGAGAUGGCCAACAAGCGGGUGGCUCCUGACUCGGUCUCGCUCCAGAUCGCACAGCUCGACCUGCCCGGCUGGCAGAGCCGCACGCUCACCACUGAGGUCGACCCAAAGCGACAGCACCUCCUCACGGCCGCUCCGCUGAUCCAGGCGAACGGGCAGAACGGCUUCUACGAGUUCAGUGUCAACUUUGCCAGCGAGGUUCUCCACUCGUACCUCCUCCGCCGAACGUUUGACGACGAGCUCAGCUGGAACGCGGACGUCGUCGCAGAUGGCGUCAAGCUUCCCGCUGUGCCGCCCAUGAGCAACAUUGGCUGCGUCGAGCUGCUCCGCGGUGGUGUGAUGGGCGUCCCUCAGCUCGCCGCGAACCCGUCGGGUAUGAUUGGCCUGCUCGCCCAAGUCGGGGAGCGUUACAAGGGGGAGGACCGCGACGAGGUCAAGGCAGAUGUUGUCACGCGCGCGUUCGCCUCUACGUUCAGCGGGCAUCCAUCAUACGUGCCUAAGCCCGGAUAUGGCCUUGGCCCCAUGCCCCGCGAGGGUCGCAUGUUCGGCAUCAACCACUGGGCUGGGCAGGUGUCGUACGACGCAACCGACUUCCUUGACCGCAAUGCCGACGUACUUGACAAGCAGCUCGUCAACCUCCUCCGUGGCUCGGUGGACCAGUUCAUCACCAAGCUGGUGUCUGGCCCUGCACUUGCCACUGAGGGCCACCCGCUGGAUGCCGACAUCGUCGUCGAGGCUCAGGUGUCUGUGUCGCCCUUGCGCAUCCCUACCGCCGUCGAUGCACACCGCAUGGCAGGUACGCCAGCGCAAGAAUCGACACACUGGCCCGUCGACGACUCUUGCCCGCAGCCCGUCACAGCUCAAAUGAACGGCACUCUCUCCACCCUCUUCGACACCAUCGACCGCACACGCGUCUGGGGAGUGCACUGCUUGCGACCCAACGACUCGGGUCACGCCAACUCGUUCGACCGGAGACGUAUCAAGGCGCAAGUCCGCUCUCUUCUCAUCCCCGACCUCAUCAACCGCCGCCAGGUCGACUAUGUUGCCGAGAUCCCACUUGAGGACUUCUGCUUCCGCCACGCGCUCUCUCAUGACAACGCUCACGAGCAUGUCGAGGAAUUCGCCCACUCACAUGGCUGGAUACCCGGCACAGACUACGCCAUCGGCAACAACCGGAUAUGGAUGUCGUGGUUGGCGUGGCGCGAGCAGGAGGAUCUCAUCCGUGCCACCGAGUCUCACCGGGGCAGCGGGGAGGAGACAUUGACCGACGAGGAGAACGCGUACGCACCACACCAGCAGUUCGACUCGCGCAUGGGCAGCAGCGUCGGCCACUUUGGCACCAACGAGAGCAUGGACAACUUAAUCGCGCCGCAGGGCGGCCAGGGCACACACAGCUACCGCAAUUACGACAGCUACGGGACCAGCCCCGACCCAGGGGCUGAAGAUUACAUGGCGGGUAAUGAGUUCACGUAUGACCAUUUACCAGAGGCGGAGAAGAAAACGGGCGCCAACGCCACGUCGCGCGAUGCGAUGGGCGGCUUCGUCACCAAGGAAAAGAAGCACCACACGACCGAGGUGAUCGCCACAUCGCGCUCACGCCGCUGGUGGAUCUACAUCACGUGGAUGUUCACAUGGUGGAUACCCAGCUUCCUGCUCAAGUCGGUCGGCCGCAUGAAGCGCCCUGACGUUCGAAUGGCAUGGCGCGAGAAGGUGACCAUCUGCAUGAUGAUCUUCUUAGUCUGCGGAACCAUCAUCUUCUACAUUAUCGGUUUCGGCAGGAUCCUGUGUCCCGACAUGGACAAGGCGUGGAACCGCGUCGAGCUCUCAACGCACCAGGGCGAGAACGACUACUAUGCGGCCAUUGCGGGCAACGUCUACGACUUCUCCAACUUCUGGGACACGGACCACUCGGACGUCGCGUCGUUGACGACGUCAGGCGACGUCAUGAUGCAGUUCGCCGGCAUGGAGCUCACGCGAUACUUCCCCAAGCCUCUCCACGAGGCUUGCCCUCAGCUCGUUGACAACGACCAGCUCUACCUGCAGAUGGCCAACUUUACGCCUUUAGACCCACGCGCCGUCCACUAUUCUGGGCCGCAGCAGAGUGUGCCCGAUACCAGCAUGGUUGCACCGCGGUGGUGGUGGGAGACGCUGGACCCCUUCCUGAAGAAGAUCUACAAGGGCCAGCUCGUGUUCACCAGGGGCGAGAUCGAGCAGGGCGCCAAGGACGACGACAAGAUGCUCUGGGUCAUCUACCGCAAGAAGGUGUACGACAUCUCAGAUUAUGCGUACACGGUCAGCUACUUCGCCGGCGCGUCCGGCGACGGGCUGCCCAAAUACGACUUCUUGAACGGCGCGAUCACCAAGGUCAUCCAGCAGAACGCUGGUAGGGACGUCACCAACCAGCUCGACGAGGUGCUCGCGGGUCUCUCACAGGAGGAGCGCGAUAACAACAUGAACUGCCUCGACGCCGCGUUCUACUACGGCAUCAUCGAUUUCCGCAAAGACGCCAAGUGUACGGUCCAGAACUACCUUCUCAUGGCGUUCGCCAUCAUGAUCAUGGUGACGAUCGGUGCCAAGUUCUUAGCAGCGCUCCAGCUGGGCGGAAAGCGCAACCCAGAGAUGCUCGACAAGUUUGUCAUCUGUCAAGUACCAUGUUACACUGAGGGCGAGCAGUCGCUCAAACGCACGAUCGACUCGCUGGCUGUUCUGCAGUACGACGACAAGCGCAAGCUCAUCUUCAUCAUUUGUGACGGCAACAUCAUCGGUGCAGGCAACAACAGAACCACCCCGCGCAUCGUUCUCGAUAUUCUCGGCGUCGACCCCAAGUUGGACCCCGAGCCCCUCAUGUUCAAGAGUAUUGGUGACGGCAGUAAGAAGCUCAACUACGGCAAGGUGUACUCUGGUCUGUACGAGUACGAGGGCCACGUCGUGCCGUACGUCGUCGUCGUCAAGGUCGGCAAGCCCACCGAGACGUCCAAGCCUGGUAACCGUGGCAAGCGUGACUCGCAGGUGCUGCUCAUGCAGUACCUCAACCGUGUCCACUUUGACGCUCCCAUGUGCCCAUUGGAGCUCGAGAUUUACCACCAAAUGCGCAACGUCAUCGGCAUUGACCCCACCUUCUACGAGUAUAUUUUCCAGGUCGACGCGGACACGACCGUGAUGCCCGAGUCACUCAACCGUCUGAUUUCGUGCACGACCGACGACUCGGCCAUCAUUGGCAUCUGUGGCGAGACGCGCCUCGAAAACGAGCGCGAGUCGUUGACGACCAUGAUCCAGGUCUACGAGUACUACAUCUCGCACCACUUGACCAAGGCCUUCGAAUCCCUCUUCGGCUCGGUCACCUGUCUUCCUGGUUGUUUCUCGGUCUACCGUAUCCGUACCGCCGACAAGGGUCGCCCUGUGCUGAUUUCGUCCAUGAUCAUCGACGAGUACUCGGAGCCCAACGUUGACACGCUUCACAAGAAGAACCUCUUCUCGCUCGGAGAGGACCGUUACCUCACGACCCUCAUGAUGAAGCACUUCCCGACCUACAAGAUGAAGUUUUCUCCCGACGCCAUCGCACACACCGUCGCUCCCUCCCGCUGGAAGGUUCUGCUCUCGCAGCGUCGUCGCUGGAUCAACUCGACCAUCCACAACCUUGCCGAGCUGCUCUUCCUCCCAGAGAUGUGCGGUUUCUGUCUCUUCUCCAUGCGCUUCGUCGUCUUCGUGGAUCUGCUUGGUACCAUCAUUCUCCCGGCGACGUGUACCUACCUGGUCUACCUCAUCGUUGUGUGUGCGACCAAGGCGGCCCCAAUUCCCUACAUCUCGAUCGGCAUGAUUGCUGCCGUAUACGGUCUGCAGAUGAUACUCUUCGUCCUCAAGCGCGAGUUUAUGCUCAUCGGCUGGAUGUUCGUCUACAUCCUCGCCUUCCCCAUAUACUCGUUCUUCCUGCCCUGCUACUCGUUCUGGUCGAUGGACGACUUCUCGUGGGGUAACACUCGCCAGAUUGUUGGCGAAGGUAGCAGCAAGACGGUGGUCAUCGAGGACGACGAGGUGUUUGAGGAGUCGACAAUCCCUUACCGCACUUUUAAGGAGUACGAGGCAAACGCGUGGGAGACGACUUCGCUCCCCUCGGAUACGGAGAAGGACGAGUACGCGCCGUCGCAGUACUCUCGCGCGCGUGGCCGCAAGCGCUUCGCUCCCUCGGUCCACUCGAGCAACUCGCACUCGAACCUUCACCCUGGUUCGGGCUACUCGUCGCGUGGACCGUCCCCGCACCCUCCGUACCCCCAGAUGGGAAUGGGUGGCGGCGACUGGCGCACUGGUAGCGUGUACUCGCAGCCGUUCGCGCCGCCGCCCAUGGCCUUUGGGCCGAACCCCUUCGACUCGCCUGCCAUGGGCUCGGACAUGUCCCUCCGCCCGCCGACUGUGUUCACGCAGGGCGGCAUGAUGGGCCCCGGCUACGGUAUGCGCGGCUCGACGUACAGCCUCGCGACGACGGCCAACCCUUUCCAAAGCGGCCCAGCGCCCAACACGGACCCUAACCCCACCGACGAGACGGUGUUGUCGGCUUUGCGCAACUACCUCAACUCGCAGGACCUUAUGACUGUCACGAAGCGGUCCGCGCGCGACGCCAUCUACGGCCUGUUCCCGAACGCCAACCUUAAGGACCGCGCGGCGUGGCUCAACGAGAACAUUGACAAGAUCCUAAGCGAGCCCUAG